AUGGCCUCCAGGGAUUUGGUCAUAGGAGUGAUCUUCUUAACCCAAACCGUGGUCGGAAUCUUGGGGAAUUUCUCUCUUCUUUACUAUUAUAUCUUCCUCUCUUUCACUGGGUGCAGGUUGAGGCCCCCAGAUUUGAUUGUCAAACACCUGGUUGCAGCCAACUCCUUAUCCCUCCUCUGUAAAGGAGUCCCCCAGAUGAUGGCAGCGUUCGGGUGGAACAAUUUUCCAGGUGAUUUUGGAUGCAAACUUCUUUUCUAUCUUCACAGAAUAGGCAGGGGUGUGUCCAUAGGCAGCACCUGCCUCUUGAGUGCCUUCCAGGCCAUCACAAUCAGCCCCCAGAACGCCAGGAGGACAAAACUUAAAAGGAAAGCUCUCAAGUACAUUGACUUCUCUAUAUUCCUGUGCUGGACCGUCUACAUGCUGGUAAAUAUCAUUUUCCCUAUCCAUGUGACUGGCAAACGGAACAACGUGAGCAUCUCAAUGAGAAAGGAUUUGCAAUACUGUUCGGGGACAACUAAUAACAAAAUCACACAAUUGCUACAUGCAGCGUUGUUAUCAUUCCCUGAUGUGUUAUGUUUAGGGAUCAUGGUCUGGGCCAGUGGCCACAUGGUCUUCAUCCUGCACAGGCACAGGCAGAGGGUCCAGCACAUUCACAGCACUAAUGUCUCCCCCAGAUCCUCUCCUGAGUCCAGAGCCACCCAGAGCAUCCUCGUCCUGGUGAGCACCUUUGUGUGUUUCUACUCCCUCUCCUCCAUCUGCCAAGUCUUUAUGGCUGUUUUCGAUAAUCCCAGCUGGUUGCUGGUGAACGUCUCUGCCUUGAUCAGUGGAUGUUUCCCAACUGCCUGCCCCUUUGUUCUCAUGAACUGUAACUCCUGUGUGUCCAGGUUCUACCUUCCCUGGCUGAGGAACACAACAUCCACGAAAGUGAUAACAAACGCGUAA